CUCAUCGACAUUCGACCAUACGCGCUUGUUACGCCGGCCGCUGUGUUACUUAUCUUUAGACAGGUUACACACGCUUUCUACUGCUGAAAUAACAGAACACAGCAGGCCUAAGUUUACUUGACCAAAGCCGCGCACACCGCCGUGCCGGUAUUAUCGAUAAUAUGUGUUGCAAUAACUGCUUACAUGUGUUAUACAUGCUUAGGAGGACGCGCCGAGUCGCGGCAAACUAAACUUUCAACAUGAAUUGUCGCCUCAGCACGGAGGUCACCCUACAUGAUGAGAUUCUUUCUAUGCUGCUUCAGCUCCGGGGGAGAGGAUGGGAGAAAGCCACAGAAAACGGGGUCAGGGCUGGGCCCCGAGCACCCGAAAAGCCUCAUGUCCGGCCGAACGAGAACGAGUACUGAUGUGCGAAGGCGCAGCUUACAAAAAGCUGAUGGCAUUGGCGCGCGGGGAACCGUGUCUCUGGCGAGCGAUGCUCCUGCUGUGGACUCGACCCUGGUACUUUUCAAGGCCCUGGUUGAGGCUCAGCCACUUGCGAACUCGCUGUACUCGUCAGCAGGGCAACUGGUGUACAGAAACAUAUGCGCAUCCGACCUGCCAUUCCAGUCGCUGCACGAGCUGUUUGCGCUGGAUCUGUCGCUACUGGCUAUGGCACUACGGCGGGUGGAGGACGGCGCGGUGUGGCGAGGCCUCAUCCAGCUGCCCGCCACGACGACCGAUGACGCGCUAAUGCACGUCCAGCCGCUGCAUAUCACGCUGGGGUCAGAGUUCCUACUCGGAGAGCCGGAUCAGUCCGGCUGGGCAGAGCAGGUGGCAAUGGGGGAGCCAGCUGGCGGCGAAGCGCCGCUACUUGCAUCGCAGGGCAUCCGCAGUGGAGCUGGUGGUGGAGGUGGUGGUGGUGGUGGUGGCGUUGGCAGCGGCUCGUUUCCGCGCAGCCGUCAGCACAGCGCUGGCCUGGGGCGGCGGCGCGGGUCCGAGGAGGCGGGCGCAACUGGCGGCGGCGCCUGUGGCACGGGUACCGGCGGCCCCGCCUCCCUGCCUGCCGGCGGCGGGCCGUCGCUGUCGGCGCUGCGACAGGCGCUGCAGCUUGCGGCCUACCCCUCGCUCGUGCGCACUGCCAACACCGCCAACGCGACCCUUUCGGGCAUGCGCGGCGGCACCGGCGGCAGCCGCGGCCGCUGGGCCCUCGGGACGGGGCAGGGUCAGGGGCACUGCUCGGGUCCCGCCCCGUGCUCGACUGAGUACGGCGGGAGCCUGCCGCUGCCGCGGUUGCCUGAGGGCGUGACGGCAGGCGGCGACGGCACCGCCACGACGACGGCGCCGGACGCUGAGGGGGCGCUGGCAGCGCUGUUCGACCGGGGGUCGGUUAGCUUUUGCAUCGGCCCAAACGCCGUGCGCGCGGUACGGAGAGUGAUGGGGCCUAAUGCAGCCACAGCGCCGGCGGGGCCCCGUGUCGGCACGGCGCCGUCGUCCGGCAUGCCGCGUGGCGGCAGCACCGGCGCGGCCACCGUCGGCGCUAUCAUCGCGCAGGCCACACGCGCGGCGGCGGCGGUGCGCGCGGCGGCGCUGACGGCGGCAGCGGCGGCGGCGGCGGAGGCGGCUAUGACGAGCAGCAGCGGCGUGGCGAGCAAGAUGCACGGGGCGCGGGCGCCGUCGGGCAGCGAAUUGUCCCGUGUGCAGCCGGAGGCUGGCGCCAGCGUUGCGUACGGCGGCGGCGGCUGGGCUACGGCGGCUCGAGAUGGCGGAGAGCUGCCGUCGCCAGCGACGAUGGCACCUGGCAAGGCGCGAGCGGGGCCUGCCGCGCCGUCUGGCUCCGGGGCGGACGCAGCGGCGGUGCAGGCCGCGGCCGCGGAGGCGGAGGCUGCGGCGGGCUGUGAGCGCGUGCCUCUGGGACGUGCCGCGGCGACGAUGGCUGCGGCAGGCAGCGCAGACACUGCAGCGGCAGCUGCGACGGGGGCCCACGCACCCGCGGUCGCAGCCGGCAUCGCCUCAGCCAACGCGUCUGUCUCCAAAGCAGGGCCCUCCCCGCGCACCAGCCACAUCAGCACACACGACGCGCCCGCGUUUGAGGCCGUCUCCGCCUCCCACUUGGCUGCUGCGCGCGCCAGCGGCGGCCCCGCUGCCAUCGCCGCAGCGACAGCCUUUGGCCGCCGCACUGCGGGCGCCGGUGGCACAGGCGCGGCCGCAUCUGUCGGUGGCCACAGAAGUAGUACGGGUGCAGGCACCCCCGCGCACCGUUUGCUGCCACACGUGACCGCGGCAGCGCCUGCUGUUAUACUCUCGCUGCCGCUGGCGCCUUGCUCUCCAGCCAGGCUACAGGCGGACACACAGGGCACCCAACUCGACUCCCAGCCGCGAGACCCCGGGGCUUGGAGCCUCGGUGGAAUGGAGGCUGGCACAGGCAGCGCAGCGGGUGCGGCUGCGGCCGCCGCCGGCAAGCAGCCGCCGUCGACGGGCGGCGGCAUGCUUGCCGUGCGUGGCGGCGCCGGCGGCGGCGGCUCGGGGUCGCGUGUGCGUUCAUUGCAGCAGCCGCGCAAGGCUGCGUCGCUGCUGCUGGGCCCGUCGUCGAUCCUCAGGACGGGCAAGGCCUCGAGCACGUGCGGCUCCCCCGCGGCACCGCAGUCGCGGCCCGUGCCGCUGGGGGCGGAGCUGGCAGAGGCUCUGAACACCAGCACCUUUGGCCGGCACCGGUACCGCGCCCCCGCGCGCCGCUGCACCACCUUUGGCGCCGCAACCGGCGGCGGGGUAGCCGCCGCCGCCACGGCGCUGCUGCUGCCGCGGUCGGUCGCCGACGGCAGCGAGCGCAACAGCAACGCCGACUCCGUUCGCCUCAGCCCCGUCGGCGGAGUCACCCGGCCGGCAGACCACUGCUCCAUGCCACAGCCGCACCUCACGCUCGAGUACGGGGGAUGGGACCAGGCCAGCUCGCCCCUACAGGCUCCAGGGGGCGCGGGCGGCGUGGCAGCGGGCGCCAUGGGCGCGGCCAUGGGCACUGUCGUGGGCGCGAGCGCCGGUGCAACAGUAGGACGGGAGCCGGGGGCCGCGCUGGCGGCGGCGCGCGCCUCGACGCCGCCCUUCGGACCCGCCCGCCUGGGCACUGGCCACCACUACCACCACCACCAGUCACAGAAGCUGCUGCAGUUUCCGUCGCGGUCGUCGCCGCAGCUCCCGGCCGAGCUGCCGCGGCACCACACAGGGGACCACAACGCCCACGGCAGCAACAACCGCCUCGCCCAGGAGGCGGACAGCCCGGACGCCUAUUUCCUCGGCAGCAACGCGCAGCUGCAGCUGCAAACGCUGCAACUGCACACCCUCAACACGUCUGUGGGCGACCCCGCCGGCGUCUCGGUUGACGGCGUUGCCGGCUGGACCAGCAGCCACGCCGGCCGCGUCAGCGCCGUCGACGGCCGGCUGACUGCAGACGGCGCGGCCGCCGGCAUGGGCGAUUUCCCAAUGGCUAGCAGCACCUACCAUGCGCUUCAGUCCAUGGACGUCAUGCCCGCUCCACGCUCGCUGCAAGCCAACGUGCAGUCGGCGCUGCAGGUGUCGGGUGGCGGCGGCGGCGGCCCGCGUGUCUACAGCCACCUGGCCUUGGGCACAGGCGUGUCCGCCUACGUCAGCAGCGGCGGCACCACCGGCGGCACCGGCGCCAUGCCGUCGCCGGCGGCGCUGCAAAUCGGGCCGGCCGGCGGCAGCGUCAUGGGCGGCGCCGCCGCCAACGCCGGCAUCGUCAGCGGCCCCAACUCCGCCGUAGGCAUGGGUGCCCUGCCGCGGCUGCUCGACAUGACCUUCAAAACGACGAUGGCGCGGGUGCCCUCGCGAGCACGCACGCCCGGCGGCGCCUCGGGCCAGGGACCGAGCAACGUGCACUCGGGCGAUCUGUUCAGCUCGGGUCAGCUGCUACUGUCGAGCAGCUAUGGAGCCACCCGCGCCGUACACCCGGCGGCGGGCGGCUCAGUGGCGGGGCCGCGAGCGUCGGUGGGCGGCGGCGGCGAGGGCGCGCUGUCUACCGGCCUGUCCCUGCAUGAGCACAUAUGCGCAAGUGGCGCUGACACUGUUGGAGGCGGGGGCGGGGCCAUCGGCUCAACGCCGCACGCGCCGCAGGUCGCCCGCGUGUCUGACAUGGGAGAGCUGUGGAGUGCGGGGCCCGGCAGUGGGGGGCCCAGCAGCUGGGGAGCAGGCAGCGGUACCGGAAGCAAGUUCAGGGUUCAAGGUGGCGGUGGCGGUGGCGGUGGCGCCUGGGUCUGCGUCGGCCCUUCAGGCACGUACGAGGCGGCAGGAAGCGCAGUGGGGUCACCCAGCACCGCGGCAGGGGGCAGCGCCGGAGCCGGAGCCGGCGGCGGCGGCGGCAUGGGUGCUGGCGGUGGGCGGCUUGCGUCGCGGCACAGCAGCCGCAGCAAUGCCUCAAGGUUUCGCACUGUGGACGGGGAUUCGCCCACCGGCGGCACGGCGCCGCUGGACCCGAUCCACAGCGGCCGUCUGGUGCUACACUGGGAGGCCGUGAACGACGACAACAGCACCGACGACAACGCGAUUGACCUGGGCGGCCCGGCGGCACAGCCGGGGCCGGGGCAGCAGCCGGAUGCGGAGCUUGUGGGCGCCCUACUCAGCGACAUCAACAGCGGGGACGUGGAGCAGGCAGCGGCACCGGGCGAUGACGGCGGCGGAGCAGAUGACGUGGUGGUCCUGCUGCAGCCGCCACAGCCGCCGCCACAGUCGCAGCCGGUGGCUGCUGGGGAGUGGGGCGUGAACACGGGCGGCGGCCAGCUGCGCAGCAGCCGGCGGGAGCCGGGUGGCGGCCUCCCCCACGUCCACCACUUCUUCCGCAGCAACACUGCGCCGUUGGUAGGUCAGUCGCCCUACAGCGGCUCCACACCCUCAAUCCCCGGUGGCGCACACGCUGACGGCACCACCGCCGGUGGUGGCGGCGGCAACAGCACAGGCCUGCCGCCACGCAAGCGCACGCUCGCGGCCUCAGCCGCUGGCAGCAAGGCGGCGGCGGCAGCGGCGGCGGCGGCGGCGGCGGCGGCGGCGGCCGCUGCCGGGCCGCAGUCCUCCGCUGCCGGCAGCGUCAGCAUCGGCGCGCGCACUGGCGGCGGCCCAGCCGACUCCUUGUGCGUGGCAUCUCAGGUGUCUGGGCAUCGCGACUUGGGUGCGCCUGGAGGCGUGGCUGCGGCAGCCGGCGGCGCCAGCAGCCUGACGCUUGGCCACUCGGGGCCCAUGUCGGGCGCGAUUGACGACAGCGCCGGUGCCGUCAUCGCACUCGCCACCGCCACACUCGCCGAUGCGGAGGCGGGCUCCGCCCAGCCGGUCGCGUCGUCCCCUGCGGCGGCGGCGGCGCCGGCGGCUGCUCUACAGGUCGCCGCUCCACUGGCCCACCAGAGUGACGUCGCGGAGGCAGGGCUCGCUGUCGUUGACAUGCAUGGUGGUGCCGGCGCGAGUGUUACUGCUGGCGGCGUCGCUGCCACAGACAUGGCGACGGCGACGGCGGCGGCGGCUCAGGAGGCGAGCCGGGAGCACGCAGGGGAGGCAUUGACCAUGGAGGUUUGGCACGAGGUGGUGGUGAGCGGCCUGACGCACCCGAUCACGGGGGAGAAGCUGAUCCUGGUCACACAGCACGACGUGUCGGCGCGCGUGUGGGCGGAGCAGCAGCUGGCGCGCGUGAUGGAAGCGGAGCACGCGCUGCUGGAGGCCAUCUUUCCAGCACACGUGCUCGAGCAUAUCGCCAUCAUGGCAGCGGCGCCGGCAGACGCCGUCGCGCGCGACAGCACCGUGCAGGAGGCCGCCGCCGCCGCCGCCGCCAACGCGGCGCCCUCCUCCGCCCGGCCCCAAACCCUGGAGAGUGUCACUGCCGAGGCGUCAGCCGCCGCGCUGGAGGCAGGGCUCGGCGCGAGCGGCAUCAGGAGUGGUGCUGGCGGCGGGCGCAUGCCGGGCGGUGGGAUGAUGGGUCCGCCGGGCAAGGCGCUGGCCGGCGGCGCUAACGCGGCCAUGCCGAUCACGGGCGACGGGCUGCUGCACCUGGCCACCAACCACACGGCCGUGUCCAUCUUGUUCUGCGAUAUCCAGGGCUUCACGGCGAUGUGCAACGUGGUCAAACCCGCAACCGUCAUGGCAUUCCUGAACGACCUGUUCACUCGGCUGGAUGCGCUGCUGGACGCGUUCGGUGUGUACAAGGUGGAGACCAUCGGCGACUGCUACAUGGUGGCGGGCGGGCUGAUGAAGGUGGACGAGGAGACGGGCGCGGUGACGGUGCGCAGCGAUGACGUGGACCCGCUGCAUGCCUACCGCACCGUGCAGUUCGCAAAGGCGCUGCUGCGCGCGGCUGCGUCCGUGCGGCUGCCCACAACCGGCGAGCCGGUGAAGCUGCGUGUGGGCAUCCACAGCGGCAGCGCCAUGAGCGGCGUGGUGGGCACGCGCAUGCCGCGCUUCUGCCUGUUCGGCGACACCGUCAACACCGCCAGCCGCAUGGAGUCCACGGGCGAGGCCGGCGCCAUCCACGUCAGCAAGGCCGUGUUCGACCUCGUGCCGGGCGAGGACUGGGAGCCCACCGGCGGAGUGCAGGCCAAGGGUAAGGGCGUGCUGGAGACGUACAAGUUACGGCCCCGCUGAGUAAGCGGUGCCAGAGGCGGAGGCGCGCCGGCUGCCCCCAUCCGCACAAGCAGGCCCGGCAGCACGAGCACCAGUAGUAUCCACCAGGACUAGCAGCAACAUUGCAAAACUGCUACAGCAACAGAAGCGACUGCAACAGCACUGGUCGCCGGGGCAGCAGCCUGGUCACUGGCAAAGCCUUGGCCGCUGGCGUGCAGCAGCAGGGCCACCGCAUCUUUCAGCAGCGUGUAGUUUGCGCAUCGCGGCACACGGCGGUUUCAUGGUUUUACACGUGCGAUGAACGCUUCAAGUACUAUGAUAGUAUAAGCUUCUUUUAUUGUCACUGGUUGCCCUCGACGAUGUUUAGCAAAGCAUGAAUGCGAAUCCGAGAGUGUCAGGGAUGUAGACCGUGGGCGGGCUGGUGCAACGCAGCUGCGGGGCUGAGGAUGGCGGGAAAUACCGGCCAUAAAGGGUUGCGUUUGCAUGCAGGGAACAUGGAAACGAUGCGUGGGGAGCCUUACAACGUAUGCAGCUUUCUAUGCAGGCUUUAAAACAGCCAAGCGUGUGUGUUUGACGUUCUGGGACCCAGUUGGAGUUGUUUACGGAGGCAAGGAUGGGCGUGUAUUUGUGCACGUGGAGUCGGGUGCUGGAAGCAUCAAGUCAAGUCGCGAAAGCUUGGGUCGGGACGCGCCUGAGGACGGGCGCUGCUUGGCAAGCUGCUUGGACGGGGUGUCGUGCGCAGACGUACGACGUCCGCAUUAGUUCCGCAACACUCGUCAGUACGAUGUGCAGUCAAGACGUGAGCCAACGGGUGAGUGGCGGGUGAGUGAUGAUUAGGGACAGGAUCCGUUGGGCUAGAUGUGGGCAAGUUUCAUCGCCGCCAAAGUGCCGUCAGACUAGCAGGCCUGUAGCCUGGCAAGGCAGCGGGCCAGGCCGGCCAGCGCCGAGGCCCGUGCGAGUGAGCCGGGGGAAAUGGGCAUUGCAAAUGCCAGCCCAGAUUUAACCGAACCAAAUGCAAAAAAGCGAGGAGGAGAGCGUGGCCUGUGCUUUCGGAGAAGGGGGGAAGGAAGCAAGGGGGGAAGCUAGGAAGGGGGAAAGGGGGGUGGAGGGGGGGGGGGGUCAAAGGGAGUGCAAUUCAUGUCCUGUCAGUCCUUUAAU